CCCACUGCACGCGAAUCCUGGUGUUCCAGACCGAUAUUUUCUACAGGAUUUUCAGCUUCUUUCCAUUCCUGCUUUUGUCGCUACCUGUGGAGUGUUGUCAGAUGGCCUCCAAGUGCUCCCAGUCCCUCUCCGCCUCCGGUUCCGCCGCCACUGCUCCUCCCGAAGGCGCUGACGACCCCUCCAGCACAUCGCCUCCUGGUGAUGCCGCCGACUACGACUCCAGUGACGACAGCGAUUACGUCUACCUGCCGAAGGGGAGGGACUACAUCUUGGGCAGAGAGGACGCCAGCGGCGAAGAAUUCGAGCUGGACGCCCUCGAGCCGUCUGCGUUCGAGUGGCGGGCCGAGGAUAACGUCCCUAAGCGGUUCGAAUUUUCGGCUUGCCCUGGGGUCAACGCCACCCACCUGCACCGGAGGUCCACGCCCUUCCAGAUCUAUUCUGACUUCUUCACGCCCGAACUCAUGGAUCACCUGGUCCGGGAGACUAACCGAUACUACCACCAACGCCACCCUUCGUCCGCCGCGAGGACCUGGCACGACACGUCUCGAGAGGAGCUGUACGCCUACUUCGGGCUCCAGCUUUUGAUAGUCCUGCAGAAGUCGCUGUCCAUGGAGAGCGACUUCUUCUUUGAUGAAUUUCAGGACCCCCUCUUCAGAUCAUCUACUUUUUCGGACACGAUGCCAUUGGAGCGCUUCAUUCUCCUGUCGGAGAAUCUCCACGCGGUGGACAACAACGCGACGCACUCUGCCCACGACCGCCUGUGGAAGCUGCGUCCGGUGGUCGACGAGCUCAAUCGGCAGUUUUCGUCGGUGUACACGCCGCCCCAGGGACUGAUUGUCGACGAAUGUCUGUGGAGGUUCCGGCGCGACGGCGAGGUGUUCGGGGUGAAGGCGUACAGGCUGUGCGUGCGUGACGGCGCGGCUCCGGGCUACACCAGCGCCUUGGGGAUCUACGCAGGCGAGCACGAGGCCGACGUCCCCGCGCCUGGGAGGGUCGUCGUCGACCUCAUGGCAGCCGCCGACCUCUUCGGGAAGGGCUACGAGCUCUUCACCGACUCGUGGUAUACCUCGCCGGCCCUCUUCCGCUUCCUGCAGGGUCAGCAGACCAACGCCGUGGGCACCGUGAGCUCCCGCCGUAAGCAUAUGCCGACGGACCUUAAGAAGAUCCGCGGCGAGGUGGUCGUCCGCAGCACCCCGACGGGCAUUCUGUGCCUGAGAUGGUGCCGUGACAGGCACAUCACCAUGCUCUCGACAGUGCACGAUUCCGAAAUCGUCGACGACAAGUCCAGGCUCGGGUUCACGGUGCCCAAGGUGGUUUCCGACAGCCGCCUCGCCAUGAAGAGAGCGAGGCAGUACGACCCACUGGACCCGCCGAUCCCCGCCGUCCCGGAGGCCAUCAGCUGGUACAAGAGGGUGCUCAUCUACCUCCUGCAGGUGGCGGCGGCCAACGCCUUCUUCGUCCAUGGGGCCCUCGGGGGGAAGAAGACCCGCUACCACUUCAACAGACAGCUCGUGGUCGAGUUAAUCCGGGAGUUCACCGGCAAGGAACCGCAGGCUCGUGGGCGUCGCGCCUCGGCGUCAGGGCCUCCUUCAGAGCGGCGUAGGCAGCCUCUUGUUUGAGUUUUGGAUUCCUUGUUAUGCUUUGUUUUUCGGAAAUAAAUGUGAAAAAAG